AGUUGUCGUGGUGAUAGCUUGAUGAGUCGAUGACAUUUCAUCGAUUAAACAUCAACUUAUUAUUUGUGAAUAUGGAAAACACCGAAUAUGAUUAUCAAACAUUCGGUAAAAUGUUUGCACAGAAAAGUCCAUGGCUGCCAGUUGCCAGACUUGAAGAAGAAGUCUCCAACAGUUUUUUGUACGAAAGGGAGCAAGCGAUACAAUACCCGCCUAUUUUUGCCAAAAAAUCAUGGACCAAAGCAACAGUUGAGAAGGAAACGCAAAUAUUUUACGAACCUACGGAAACCAUAGGUGCCACUUUCACACCUGCUGCCAAAUUUUUACGAAUAAAAGAACUGCCAGGAAGAAAAAAGAAACUUAAUCCUAGUCCUCUAGGUGAAGAUGGUAAACUGCAAUACCCUCCGAAAAAGUCCCGCAAACAGAUUGAAAAUGAGCAGAGGCAGGCAGAAGAGAAAAGCAAAGCCCUUGAAACGGCGAACAUGUUCGUUGAUGUCGAGGAUCUUUUGUCGGGACGCUAUCAUCAGAGGCGAAUGGAGAAAAAGUUGAAAAUAGCGAAGGAAAAAUCCAUGUGCAGGAAAUUCGAACUCUUGAAAUGGGAAGGGUUCGCGCUGGAAAGAAAAAUGUUGGAAAAACUGGAAGCCAUCCUGCCCAAGGACCCCGACUGGCAGAAACACCACCUGCGCAAGCAGGCAGCCAAAGACACCAACAAAAUGAUCAAGCAGAAAGAUCUACAACGCAUAGUAUAUUAUUUGACGGAGGGCAUAGGUCCGGAGUACGUGGCAGCAUACGACAGAAGCUUUUUCGCUUGCUUCAGAUCUAAGAUACCGCCAAAACUCACCAAACUGAAGGAGUUCAGAGCGAUGGUUGCUGCAGAUGAGAGGGACGUCAUGAAGCUGUACUGUAUCUUCAUGAGGAAGCAUCUGCUGACUUAUGUACUUCAGGAUCCAGCGGAAAUGAAGAGGUUGCAGUUUCAUACAUUCCCAAUAGAUUUUCCAAUUCUCCUAAUAAGAGCACCAGUACCUUGGCAUACUCAGUAUUGCUUGAGCACACAGUUCAUGGAAAAACACUAUCACAAUGGUAAUAUAGUUGUGAGAAGUAUCCGGGAUCUUUGGUAUAAAAAGUAUGACCAAAUGCACAUCCUGCCCCUAUCGACCCUCCUCGAGACCGACGAGCCCCUCUCCCCCGCCAUUUUCGAACGCCGCGUCAACGACAUUUGCGCCGAAUCACGGAAACUUCUGCUGGAACAGUGGCUGCCCGCGUGCGCGGACAUCUUUCUGAAGUACAAGGCCGCGUGGAGGCCGUUGGUCCCGCGCUCGUCCUCCGAUUCCACGGAGAUCAUCGAGGAGUUCUUCGACUGCGUGAAUAUGCUGUUGGCGAAGGAGUUAAGGGGAUUGGUGAUGAGGAGUUUGGAGCACUUCGCUAAUCUUUUUCAAAGAUUCAAGGAUGGCAAUGAUUUCGGCGAAGAAUACGCAGAUUUCGCCCUUCCCAACCUCCCAAUCAUAACUUUGAUCUUGAAACCGCACCUAGGGACGGAUUCGCUAACCCUCAGCCCUACCCUGGAAGAUAUCCAGGAGAUGCUCACCAGAUGCUUCAAGCGCAUUUUGGAUGUCAACGUCAAAGUCAGCCGCAUCGAGAUGUUGAUGUUUUCCGAGUUUUCCAAAUCGGAGAAGUAUUUGUUCUCGGUGCGGGAAAGCGAGGGCCCUGUACAGGCAGUUUUUCGAAAAAUGAUAGACUCGAUAACGCCCAACUAUGUGGGGCCUAAGAAAUACCUGGAGGCCUACACGAAGUACCAUUACAUACUAGACGGUGGUCUGGAAAAAGAACUGGAAGAUUUUUUCUCCAUUGAGCCGUUCCCUGUCUUGAAAGAUUUCGCUAGGAAAAUAAAAAAAUACGAGGAUAUCAAAGAAGAAGUGAUCGAUUUGAGGCGCAACGUGCCUCUGAACUUUUUCAAUUUAGACUGCAGCGAAGUGAACGAGGCGUUGUACGCCAUCUUGGACAAUUUGAGGAAGAAAACGGUGAACUUUUUCGUGCAAGAGAAUCACAAUCAUAACAGGAGGAUAUGCGACACGUUCGAUGAGAUGUCUCAGAAGGUGAGCGGCAGUCCUGAUACCGUGGCUGAUCUGGUCGCGUUGCAGAACUACGUCGUCGAAUCCAGGGAUGUCACGAUGUACAACUUGAAGGAGCAGAUCAGGAAGACGGCCGAAUAUGUGGUUUUUCUCAUGGAUUAUGCUCAUCUUCCAGUCGAGGACAUCCAGCUGAACAGCCGGGUAUUCCUGUGGCCCAAGGACAUGGAAUCAGUCAUAGAGGUGGCCAUCCAACGGUUGAACAUGAAGCGGGAUCAGGCUGAGACGGUGCUGAGAAACAAGAGGACGGCGUUCGAUGCGAGAUUGAAGAAGCACGAGAAGCUGCUCAUCGCCUUCAAGAAGAAGGAUCCGCCCAUUUUGACGAUGGAAGAGAUGGAGGAGAGCGUCGCUGCUGUGGAGAGUAUCGUCCAAAAGUUAGAGGAAGAUAAGAUGGAAGCGGAACAAAUAAAUGAAGAAGAACAGCUGUUGGAUAUAGAUAUUUCCCCAUUCAUAAAUCUGUAUAAAAUGUUGAGUGUUAUCGAACCAUACGACAAAUUAUGGCACACAGUUCUGGAGUUCCAUGAAAAUUACGAUAUUUGGUACUAUGGACCAUUUGCAGACCUAGACGCCGACCAGAUAACCGACUACGUGGAUGGGGUGUGGCGCACCCUGUACAAACUCGCGAAAACGCUCAACGACAAUCCGGGCUCGAAAAGGAUCGCCGAAAUGGUCAGAGCCAAAGUGGAAAAGUUCAAGCAGUUCCUGCCCGUCCUGCAGACCAUUUGCAACAAAGGUCUGCAAAAGAGGCACUGGGACAGGAUCAGCGAGAUCGUCGGCGUGGUGUUGGAGAUCUCCGAAUUUUCUACUUUGAACGACAUGAUCGAAGCUGGUUUGCCGAAGUUUACGCAACAGCUGGAAGAGAUCGGCGCAGCUGCUACCAAAGAGUACGCGCUGGAGAAGAACUUGCUGAAGAUGAAGGAAGAGUGGCAGGACAUUUGCUUCGAGUGCGUACCGUACAGAGAGACCGGAGUCAAUAUUCUAUCGGCUGUAGAUGAUAUCCAGGUGAUGAUGGACGACCACAUAUUGAAGGCCCAAACGAUGCGAGGCUCACCCUACGUCAAGGCCUUCGAAGAGGAAAUGCAAGCAUGGGAAACCAAACUGAUCACCAUGCAGGACAUCCUGGACCAGUGGCUCAUGUGCCAAGCCACCUGGAUGUACCUGGAGCCGAUAUUCAGCUCAGAAGACAUAAUGAGGCAGAUGCCCACCGAAGCUAGAAGCUUCAAGACAGUCGACAGGGUGUGGAGGGCCAUACAAAAUAACACUGCCAAAGACACUCACGUGCUCAAAGCCACCGAGUUCAAGAACAUGCUGGGUCUGUUGAGAGAGAACAACAAACUGCUGGAUGAAAUCCAGAAAGGGCUCAACGACUAUCUGGAGAAGAAGCGUCUGUUUUUCCCUAGAUUCUUCUUCCUCUCCAAUGACGAGCUGCUGGAGAUUCUGUCCGAAACGAAGGAUCCCUUGCGGGUGCAGCCGCACCUGAAGAAGUGCUUCGAGGGCAUUUAUUCGUUGGAGUUCACCAAGGACGAGGAGAUUGUGGGGAUGGUGAGCGCGGAGAAGGAGAAGGUGCCUUUGUGCACGAAGAUCGUGCCUGCGGAUGCUAAGGGGAUGGUGGAGAAGUGGUUGGUGCAGGUGGAGAAGAUAAUGAUACAAUCGCUCAAGGACAUAACGAGGGACUCGGUGAACAACUACCCCACCGUGGACAGACCGACGUGGGUGUUGGCGUGGCCGGGACAGAUUGUACAGUGCGUCGACUGCGUGCAAUGGACCUCGGAGGUGACCAACGCCAUCUUCAGCGGCGCGCUGGAGGAGCAGGAGGAGAUCUGCACCGAGCAGAUCGAGCAGAGCGUCAAGCUGGUGCAGGGCAAGCUGAAGCCGAACAAUCAGGUGACCGUCGAGGCUCUAAUCGUCAUCGACGUGCACUGUAGGGAUAUCGUGAGAACGCUCAAAGAACUGAAAGUCACUUCCAUCGCCGAUUUCAAUUGGAUAUCUCAGUUGCGUUACUAUUGGAAAGAUCAUUCGGUGACCGUGUCCAUGAUAACGACUGAAGUUAUGUACGGUUUCGAAUAUUUAGGAAACACCGGUCGUCUGGUAGCCACGCCGUUGACUGACAGAUGUUAUAGGACGUUGAUGGGCGCUCUGAAGUUGAACCUGGGCGGUGCUCCCGAAGGCCCCGCCGGCACCGGCAAGACCGAGACCUGCAAGGACCUGGCCAAGGCGGUGGCCAAGAAGUGCGUCGUGUUCAACUGCUCCGACGGCUUGGACUACAAGGCGCUGGGCAAGUUCUUCAAAGGGCUGGCGCAGGCCGGCGCUUGGGCCUGCUUCGACGAGUUCAACAGGAUCGAGUUGGAGGUGUUAUCGGUGGUGGCGCAGCAAAUAUCCAGCAUCCAGCUGGCUGUGGCCGCCAAACUGACCAAGUUUGUUUUCGAAGGUACCGAGAUCACGCUGGAUCCCACGUGUACCGUUUUCAUCACCAUGAAUCCUGGAUAUGCUGGUAGGCAAGAACUCCCAGACAAUUUGAAAGUGUUAUUCAGAACGGUGGCAAUGAUGGUACCAGACUAUGCAAUGAUAGGUGCAAUCUCCCUUUAUUCUUACGGAUUUGUGCAAGCAACAAAUCUUGCACAAAAGAUCGUCCAUACGUACAAACUGUGUUCGGAGCAGCUGUCUUCUCAAAACCACUACGAUUACGGCAUGCGGGCUGUCAAAUCCGUGCUGCUGGCGGCGGGGGCACUCAAAAGGGGCUAUCCGGACGUGCAAGAGGCGCAGCUGGUCCUGCGAGCCAUCAUCGACGUCAAUUUGCCCAAGUUUUUGGCGCAAGACGUCCCCCUCUUCAUAGGCAUCUACAAGGAUCUGUUCCCUGGCAUCGAGUUGCCGGUUUUCGAACGAGCCGAUCUCAUAGCUUGCCUGAUCGAGGAGAUAAAGAAGAAGAACCUGCAGCCGACCCCAUGGUUCGUGGAGAAGUGCAUGCAGAUAUACGAGAUGAUUCUGGUGCGGCACGGCCUGAUGAUAGUCGGAAGGCCUAUGGGCGGGAAAACUUCGGCGUACCAAAGUUUGGCAGAAGGUCUGGGCAGUCUGGCGAACCGAACGGAUGCCAAACUGGCCGAGAACCAGGUCAUCUACAAGAUCAUCAAUCCGAAGGCGAUCAGCAUGGGUCAGCUGUACGGCCAAUUCGAUCCGGCUUCGCACGAGUGGUCGGACGGAGUGUUAGCCACUACCUUCAGAGAUUACGCCAAUAGUUACACCUCUGACAGGAAGUGGAUCAUCUUCGAUGGACCGGUGGACGCCGUGUGGAUCGAGAAUAUGAACACGGUGCUGGACGACAACAAGAAGUUGUGUCUGAUGUCCGGGGAGAUCAUUCAGGUGGGUUGUGU